UGUGCGCUGUUCAUAAUAAUAAUAAUAAUAAUAAUAACAUUAGCGUGUUCGAUUAUUUAUUCUUUUCUCCUCGGUCGGACCAGAACACCAUACGCGACACGCAGCAAUCGUCUUUAUUAUUAUUAUUAUUAUUAUUAUUUUGUUUUGUUCCGUCCGUCGUUCGCGCUUCAAUCGCUGUUGUUGUUUGACCGCGAUUACACUCGCGCGCACACACACACACACACACACACAUACGCACGCACAGACGUAAGUACGUAACCUCGCGUCACAAUCGUCGUACACACGCACGCUAUUGUCAUCGUUGUUGCUGUUAUUGUUGUUGUCUCUUCGUUAUAUUAUUAUGUUAUUAUCAUCGCCGUUGUCGACGUACAUUUCGUUCGUGCGCCGUUCAACAAGUCGUUGGACUUUUUAUUGAUCGUUUCGUCGAACUCUUAUCGACCGCUGAUGUAACGCAAUAAUUAUUAUUAGUAGAGGCACCUUAUAAUACUUGUGCAGUUGUGCGCCCAGUUGACGAUACCCGUGUGUCUGGUGUGCAUAUCAUUACGACGGCGAUGUGCGAUCGGACAGAGUUUGUUUAUUUCUGGUAACACCUCUCAGAUCUGUAUUAAUUUUUUUCUAGAAGUCUAUGAUUAACAACGUAAUCAAAUAAUAUGAAUAUUGAUAAUGUUCAAAUAGAAUUGGACAACAUGAAUAUUGAUUGUGUAAAUACUAAAUCAGACAAUAUGAAUAUUGAUUACCUAAUUACCAAAUCAGACGAUAUGAAUAUUGAUUGUGCAAUAACUGAAUCAGACAAUAUGAAUAUUGAUGGUAUAAAAACAGAAAGCAUACCACCUAGUAAGAAAUCCCCUGAACCUGAAUCCAUAGAUCUUUUUAAACAACUUCCACUCGAAAUCAUCACUAAAAUUGUCCUACACUUGAGUUUUAAUGAUAUACUAAACUUGAAAUCUGUUAGUAAGAUUUGGAGAUGUUUAUAUGUAAACCAAAAUGAAAUUUGGGCCAAUAUAUGUGAGAAUUUCAAUAUACGAGUCAUUGAUUAUAGCCGGUGUCUUCAUGAUAGAUCGAGACAUGAUUCAGAUUGCAAAGGAUAUGCUGAAGCAUCUUCAGAAAAAUUAUUUGGGCCUUUAUGUGAUUAUUGGUUAACAUUUAAUCAUUAUAUAAUGAUAGUAAAGAAUAUAAAAAACAAUGAUUUUCCAACCAUUUAUAUACCUCGUCAGCGUGCUGAACAAUCAUAUUGUACUGAUGAUUAUAUAGUCAAUAUAAAUUGCUUCAACAAACAACCACUUCAAGUAAUUGUUUUAAAUGGGGCAAAUAAUCCCAUCACAAAAAAAUGUUUGAAAAUAUUUGAUAAAUUAAAAGAAUUAAUUAAAUCAAAACUAUAUCCUCUCAAAGUAAUUGGUAACAAAAGGUACUUGGUAUUUGAAAUUUGUUCAAUUAUAUUUGUUUAUUCAAUUGAGAAAACUGAAUUCACCCCACGCUUUUUUAAAGUGAUACAGAAAUCUGUUGAUUAUGGCUUGAAUAAAGAUGAUUAUGACGCAAAGUUCUUAAAUGACCAUCGGGAUACUAAAUUUGAUUUAUAUGAUCAUAAGCUAGCAAUGGUACACCCAGCUACUGGUACAUUAUUUGUGACUGAUUUGAGUACAGGAAAUACAUUUAAAGAACUGAAAUUUAGUUCAAGAGGAUGCAUUGUUGAUAGCAUGAAAUGCUCAGAUUAUAGGCUCAUGAUUGGAAUCACAAAAACGAAGAAAAAAGGAAUGAAACCAGAACAUUUGGCAAUUGUUUAUCACAUGAAAGGAUGUACACAAGACAAUAGAUUAAAAAUACCCUUAUUAGGGCCUGUUUCUCAAUUCAAAGUGACCAGUAAUUGCAUUGGUGUAGAAAACACAGGUUCUGCAACUCCGUUUAUUACAAAGAUAGAUUCAUACUUAAAAGUAUUUUGGCUUGAAUGCGAUACAUUUUCAUUUGACUGUACUAGAAAGUAUAUUUAUUAUAAUAUUGAUCAAAGUAUAUUUCAGUAUGACCUCUUAAAGUCCAUGCUAUCCAAAUUUGAAGUGGUACAAAAAAUAGCUAUUGAUGCAAUAUCAAAUCUUUUACCUCUAACACCUAUAAAUGAUAGAUAUUUAUUAGUUCGAUCGACGUAUCCAAAUUCUUAUGACAUAUUUGAUGUCAAAGACCGUAUUUCUGUUAGGUCUAUACAAUUACAUGCAGGGUAUUCAUUAGUUCAUGUGGGUAAACUAUCUAUAAUGUUCUCUAAUGCCAAAGAAUUUAUGGUAAUUGCAUUUAAUUAAUUGUUUAAUUUUUUUUGUACAACAGUUUUUUUUUUUUUUUUUAUAUAUAUUUAUCAUUAUGAUUAUUACUUUUAACUCCAUUACAUUGCAAUAUUUAUUGCAAAAUAUUAUUUGUUAAUUAUUUAUGAGUUUAAAAAAAAAAACAUAUUUUUGAAAUUAUUUAUAAACUAACUGAAGGCUAUUUGUUAAGAUAUUGGGUCAACUUACUAUGAUUGUGUUCAAGAGGAUAAUAUAUUCAUUUGUAGCAUAAUAUUUAUAUAACAUUUUUUUAUUAUUUGAUUUAUUUUGAGUUUAGUUUUGAUUUUAUUUUAUUUUUCUUAUAUUUUGUGUUAAUUUAAUUUAAAAUUUU